GUCUCGGCUACAUCACUUGCCGUCGAGAAUAAUGUGUGCGCCUCUUUCCUUUCUAAUCGCCGAACCGUGACCGCGCGGGAGCGCAAAUGCGCAUCGCUCUGCGCAUCUUUGACUCUUCGGAACUACGCCGUGGACUAUCUCCGCGACACCCAGAGACCUCUCUUCCGAAAUCCGACGAGGCUUCUCCAUCGCCCAUGGCUGCACAUCGGCAUCCCUGAGCCGCUGGCCUCGUCCCAGAGCCGUCGCCCAUCGCUGUCCUCUGAAGGUCUUUGCAUCAAUCUUGUGAUCGGUACACGAGCUCUCCUCCCGCAUUCGUCCGAGACCCUGGUGCUGUCGUCGAGCCCCGACGAUGCAUCCCAACGCAGUGAUGCUGGCGCUGGUCCUUCUGGGGAACUCGGCGGUGCUACUCACCUCGGCGCAAAACGCUGGGUUUGUGAAGUCGCCCAUGUCUGAAACUAAGCUUACGGGGGACACCUUUGAGCUGUACUGCGACGUGGUUGGUAACCCCACUCCAGAGAUCCAGUGGUGGUAUGCUGAAAUCAACCGAGCCGACUCCUUCAAGCAGCUGUGGGAUGGGGCCCGCAAGCGUCGGGUAUCUAUCAACACAGCUUACGGCACCAAUGGGGUCAGUGUGCUUGGCAUCACGCGCCUCACACUGGAGGACUCUGGGACGUACGAGUGCCGGGCCAGCAACGACCCCAGGCGCAAUGACCUCCGACAAAACCCUGCCAUCACCUGGAUCCGCGCCCAGGCCACCAUUUCGGUGCUACAGAAACCAAAGAUCAACGCCUCUGAUCAAACCAUCAUACCAGCGGACACCUCAAGUAAAGUUAUCCUGCAGUGUAACCUCACGACUGCCCACACCCCUCACAAGGAAAGCUUCUGGAUGAAAAAUGGACAGGAGAUCCCCAAAACACGGACAGAGGAGAGGAACACAGCAUACAGAAUCAUUAAACCACGGGCCGAUGAUUCUGGGGAAUACAUGUGUGUUUACACAUUUGACAUGGCACCAAAUGCAAACGCGACGAUUGAAGUGAAAGCAAAACCUGCCAUCACAGGCCAUAAGAGAAGUGAAAAUAAAAACGAAGGGGAAAAUGCAAUGCUGUACUGCAAGUCGGUUGGUUACCCACAUCCUACCUGGACAUGGCGUAAAGUGGACGGAACAUCCUAUACGGACAUUGACAACUCUACUGGACGCUUCUUCAUCACUAACAGAGACAACUACACAGAGCUCAACAUAUUAAACCUGGAUAUAAACACAGAUCCUGGAGUAUAUGAAUGCAAUGCCACCAACGUGAUUGGAAACACAGCUGAGACCACUAUACUACGUGUGCGCAGCCAUCUUGCACCGCUUUGGCCUUUCCUGGGUGUGCUCGCGGAGAUUAUAAUCUUAGUAGUCAUCAUCGUCGUCUACGAGAAACGCAAGCAGCCAGAUGACAUUAUUGAAGAUGAUGAACCAGUUGGACCAAUAAAAACAAAUUCAACAAACAACCACAAGGACAAAAACAUUCGCCAGAGGAAUACAAAAUAAGCAAUUUAUUCAAGUGAGAUGUCUAAAACUGCAUUAUUUUGACAACAUGAAGUGUGUCAGCGAUGGAAAGAUCUCCAGGCAGUUUUGGGAAAAAAAGCAUAUCUUGUCUCAUUUUUGAGAAACAAUAUCAGCAUAACACUGGCAACAAAAAGAACAAAACGGCUGUCUUAAGCAUGCCUUAUUCAGUCUACGUGGAGAUUUCGGGGAUGACGAAUAAUGACUAAAGCCACCACAAAGGUGUACUGAUUUUUAAUGUGCUGUGGAUGUCUCUUUUAUUAAUUUCAACAUGUCCUCAAAUGAGGUGAUCCCUUUUGUAUUACAUAUCAUGUACAAUGCAUGCAAGGUAAUUACGCAAUAGGAUACUCAGAAUAGACAGUUUCUGUUGUUAUCCCUCGUGUGGCUUUUUUUGCAUCCAAAAUGACCUAUGUUUUUUACGGAGUCAUCCUUAUUAAAAUGAUAUAUAUAUAUAUAUAUACAUAUUGUUUUAUUCUUGAAGAUUUGUACAGCAUAUCAUGGCCAUUUAACUAUGUUUGAUUUUGUGACUAUGAGUCCACUUUUAAAAGAGCUUUUAUUGUGAAGCAAGGGCUUCAUUGACUGGCAGUAUUUAAAUUUAAUUGAGAGUGAUUACAGAAAAUGACUACUAUGUGUUUAACGAUCUAAAAUAAAAUGAUAAUGUGUAUUAUUUUUCAUUUUCUUUCCAGAGUAACUUAGGUGUCUUGUAUACGUUGAAGUAUGAGUGUUCAAAUAAUAGGAAAUCUGUAAAGAAUUUUUUUUUAUAUAUUCCCCAAUUUCAUGAAUUGAUUUUUCUUUUAUUUUUAUUGUUUUCUCUUAAACUGUAUAGCAUGGCUAUAAUCCUAUGCAAUAUGUAUUCUUAAAUAGAUAUAUGGAGGGCGAUUUGUUUUACUCAGUGAUGCUUUAAUAUUGUGGGAUCACUUGGAAGCUGGCAUAGCAAAAUUCACUGCUGUAGCUGCAUGACUCCUGUUUCAAUACAAUGUAUCCAUGUCUGUGGCAGUGGGAAUGGACCUGAACUAAGGUAGGGUCAGCGGGACCAGAGAAUAUAGCCACGAUCAAACAUGAGUGAGACCAAUAUUUUUUUUCUGAAUAAAAAGUUGAAAAAUGUA